AUGUGAUUUUUUAUAUACGUUGUCGAAAUAUAAUUACCAGUUGAUUUAAAUGUAUAACAUGGAAAUUACUUUGGCAUUAUUGAAACCGCAUGUUGUACGUAACACAUAUGCGGUACAGCAACUAAAAGCCCAAAUGGAAAGUAAUUUUAAUAUUUUGGCAGCUAAGGACUUGCGUGUUACUAAGCAGCUAUCGGAGUGUUUUUAUGUGGAACACAGAGACAAAUUUUUUUAUUAUCGUUUAACUAGUUUCAUGCAAAGCGGUUUCUGCUCCGCUUUUAUACUGCAGUCCGAGUCGUGCAUACAAAAAUGGCGUCAGCUUAUGGGCCCCACCAAAGUGUUUAGAGCGGUAUAUACCGAUCCCAAUAGCAUACGCGCUCUGUACGGUCUAUCAGACACGCGCAAUGCCUGUCAUGGAUCAGAUAGCACAGUCUCGGCGCUGCGAGAGAUUGCCAUAGUAUUUCCAGAAUUCGAUAUAAGCCGAGUCAAUAGUCAAUCCAAAGUAAUUAAUAAACGUUUACAUAUCAAGAAAGCAUAACAA